UGGUUGGGUUUGUAAAGAUAGUUUCUUGAGGGGCCUACCUUCUUUGUAUGUGUACAAUUGUUGUCUUUAUAGAGCUAGAUCUUUAUGAAAUCAUGAGCUUUAAAAAGGGUCUUUAUUAUUGACAUAAUCUUGCUUGUGUGUAGUUUGCUUGUGAUCUGUUUAUGAUGAGUAUUUUCUAUGUUAUAUCCUUAUUGAUUACUUUAUGUUCAGUAGAGUCAGUCUGCUGUAUAAAAUAUAAUACUGGUGCAGGUGUUGUUGAUGGUAAAUUGAAUGUUCAUUUGGUUCCACAUUCACAUGAUGAUGUUGGGUGGUUGAAGACAGUUGAUCAGUAUUAUGUUGGAUCAAAUACUACCAUUCAGGGUGCUUGUGUCGAGAAUGUGUUGGACUCGGUUGUUGAAGCAUUGCGGCGUGAUGCUAAUCGGAAAUUUGUUUUUGCUGAACAGGCUUUCUUUCAGCGAUGGUGGGCGACUCAAGACGAGGAGAUACAAGAGGAAAUGGGAAAAUUGGUAGAUGCUGGACAGAUGGAAUUCGUAAAUGGUGGAUGGGUUAUGCACGAUGAAGCAGCAAGCCAUUAUAUAGACAUGAUUGAUCAAACUACUUUGGGUCAUCGAGCUAUAAUGAAACAGUUCAAUAAGACACCCCGUGCUGGAUGGCAGAUUGACCCUUUCGGACAUUCUGCAGUGCAGGCUUACCUCCUUGGCGCUGAGCUUGGUUUCGACUCGGUGCAUUUUGCAAGGAUCGAUUAUCAGGACAGAGCUGUGCGCAAAGACCAUAAAUCUCUUGAAACUAUAUGGCGUGGGUCAAAGACGUUUGGUAGCUCUUCUCAGAUAUUUGCAAACACAUUCCCAGUUCAUUAUAGUCCACCCGAUCCAUUUCAUUUUGAAGUGAAUGAUGAGCGUUCUAUACCUGUCCAGGAUAAUCCCCUUUUAUAUGACUAUAAUGUUGCUGAACGAGUCAAUGAAUUUGUUCUUGCUGCCAUUAGUCAGGCAAAUGUGACUAGGACAAACCACAUUAUGUGGACAAUGGGCGAUGACUUUCAGUAUCAAUAUGCAGAAUCUUGGUUCAAGCAAAUAGACAAAUUGAUACAUUAUGUUAACAAGGAUGGUCGAGUGAAUGCUCUGUAUUCAACGCCCUCUAUCUAUACCAAAGCUAAAAAUAUGGCAAGUGAGACUUGGCCUCUCAAAUCUCAUGACUAUUUCCCUUAUGCCGAUGGCGAAAACGCUUACUGGACUGGAUACUUCACUAGCCGACCUGCUUUCAAGCGAUACAUACGUUCACUAAGUGGAUAUUAUCUGGCAGCACGACAACUUGAAUAUCUUUCGGGUAGGAGAACUGCAGGUCCAAACACAUUCAGUUUAGGGGAUGCAUUAGGUAUUGCACAGCAUCAUGAUGCCAUUACUGGUACUGCCAAGCAACACACUACAGAUGACUAUAUGAAGCGCCUAGCCGUAGGAGCCUCUGAGGCAGAAGCUGUCACAAAUUCAGCUCUAGCCUGCCUACUCGAUAAAAACGCAAAACGUUCAUGCGACACAUCUUCGGUUACUCUAAGCCAGUGUCAACUUCUCAACAUAAGUUACUGCCCAGCAACUGAACAAGAGAUUCCAAAGGGGAAAAGUUUGGUGGUGGUAGCAUAUAAUCCGCUCGGAUGGAAUCGAUCUGAUGUUAUUAGAAUCCCAGUUGAUGAUGAAAAUCUCAUUGUCCAUGAUUCGUUAGGAAAUGAGGUGCAAGCUCAAUAUAUUGAUAUGGAUAAUGUAACCAUCAGCUUGAGGAACUUCUACAUCAGUGCUUACUUGGGAACAUCAUCAAAUAAGGCUCCCAAGUUCUGGCUCUUGUUUGAAGUUUCUGUGCCACCGUUGGGUUGGAAUACGUAUUUUGUUUCUAAGAAAACCAGCAAAGGAGGGGUCGAAAGAAGCAGUGUAUCGGUCAUGGACAAAGUACAAAAACAGAUAGUUAAUAUUGGACCGGGAAAUUUGAAGAUGUCAUUUUCUGCAUCUGGUCAAGCAGUUAAAAUGUUUAAUUCUAAAAAAGGGGUCGAUGUACCAUUACAUCAAAGCUUUCUUUGGUAUACUUCAAGCAUAGGUGAUGAUGGCCAGGCUUCUGGUGCAUACAUCUUUCGACCUUCUGGUGCCCCGUCUGUUGUCAAUAGCACAGGGCCGAUGGUGGUUGUGCGCGGAAUACUUGUAGAUGAAAUUCACCAACAGUUUGAUUCAUGGAUAUACCAGGUCACUCGGUUGUAUAAGGACAAGGAGCAUGCUGAGGUGGAAUUUACUAUUGGCCCAAUACCUACUAUUUCUGAUGGCAAAGAAGUUAUCACAAAGAUGAAAACAAAUUUGGCCACCAAAAAGGAAUUUUAUACCGACUCUAAUGGACGAGAUUUUAUUAAACGGAUUCGGAAUUAUCGAGAAGACUGGAAGCUUUCCGUCAAUCAACCUGUGGCUGGAAACUAUUAUCCGAUUAAUCUAGGAAUAUAUUUUAACGACAGUAACCACGAGUUCUCAAUUUUGGUUGAUCGUGCCACCGGAGGUGCCAGCAUUGAAGAUGGUGAAAUUGAACUAAUGCUCCAUAGGCGUCUACUUUUCGAUGAUGGUAGAGGGGUGCAGGAACCCCUUGAUGAAGAAGUUUGUGCUCUGGACAAGUGUGAGGGACUUACGAUUCGAGGUCACUAUUAUAUGAAUGUUCACAAACUAGGAGGUGGUGCUCAAUGGCGCAGGACGACUAGUCAAGAAGUUUACUCUCCUCUUCUACUGGCUUUUGUGCACGAGAAUUCAGACAGUUGGAAAGCAUCUCGAUUAACAAAGAUGACUUCCAUGGACACAAACUACAGUUUACCUCUAAAUGUUGCUGUUAUAACUCUCCAGGAAUUGGAAGAUAACUCUGUACUGCUCCGUUUAGCACAUCUCUAUGAGGCGGGUGAAGAUGCCGAAUACUCGAGAAUGGCCAUCGUUGAACUCCGAAAAAUGUUUCUCGGGAAGAAGAUAAAUGAAGUGAAGGAAAUGAGCUUAUCAGCAAACCAAGAAAAGUCGGAGAUGAGAAGAAUGAAAUGGCGAGUCGAAGGAGAUGCCGCAAAGGAGCACAUCCCUAUCAGAGGACGCCCUGUAAGCAGCUCAAGCCUUCUUGUUGAGCUUGGUCCAAUGGAGAUCAGAACCUUUUUGUUGAAAUUCUAAGGAGAAAGCCAGAAAAGUGACUUAGUAAAUCUUUGUUAAUGACCAUGGCUUGGAAAUUAGAAGCUAAUCUUGAUUAGUUGUUGGUGCAGAAAAUGGGUGAAUACUUAAUACUGAUUCUGCACACUUAAAAUUAAUAGUCAUUAAAUCUUUGAUUGUAGACCAAUGAACAAAAUAGUGGCCUCUUUUUUUCUCUUUUUAAUUCCUUACAAUAAAAAUGGUGAUGGGUUUUACA